AUGAUUGCGCAGGUCAACAAUCUAGUACUCUAUGCAAAACCUGUUCAUGAAAAAACCACUUCUAUGCAAAACCCAUCUUUUGUUUCCAUUCAAGUUCGAUGCUUUUCGAGUUCUAGGCUUACCCAUCAGCCAAAGGCAUCUCUUUCUGAUUCAACCCAAGUGGUCACUUCUCCUUUUGCUAACCGGGUUUCUAGAACUGCUAGAACCGAGGGUCAGGAGGCCCUUUUCGAUUACCUGCAUUGUACUCGAAGCUUCGGCUUCACUGAUGCAGAGCAUAUUAGCAAGAACUCCCCUAAGUUUCUUGAGAAUUUGCUCUCCAAGAUUGAUUGUGAGAAAGAGGUUGCGAGUCUUUUGAGAAGGUUCCUUCGCUAUAAUCCGAUUAAUGAGUUUGAGCCGUUCUUUGAGAGCUUGGGUUUGAGCCCAUCUGAGCUGCCAUUGCUUCUACCAAGACACUUGAUGUAUCUGAGUGAUGAUCCUGUUAUGUUUGAAAAUUUUCAAGCUUUAUGUGAUUAUGGAAUACCCCGGAGUAACAUUGGUAGGAUGUAUAAGGAGGCAAGGGAGAUAUUUGGAUAUGACUGUGGAGUAUUGACUUCAAAGCUUCAAGCUUAUGAGUAUUUGGGGUUAAGCAAAGGCACAGUUGUUAAGCUUGUUAGUUGUUGCCCGUGGCUUUUGAUUGGUGGUGUUAACAAUGAACUUGUCAAGUUUCUUGAAAAGUUGAAGUAUUUAGGCCUUGGAAUGGAUUGGAUUGGCGGGUAUGCAUCAGAUAACUGCACGUAUAACUGGAACAGAAUGCUUGAGACAAUGGAUUUUCUAGAUAAUGUUGGUUAUACAAAGCAGCAGAUGUGUAGUUUGUUUGAAAGAAAUCCUGCAUUAUUGUUAGAAGGUUCUGGGAAGAAUGUCUAUGUGUUGUUUGGCCGGUUACUCAAAUUGGGUCUUGAAAUGAAUGAGGUUUAUUCAUUGUUUAUGCAAUAUCCACAGGUCUUGUCAGUUAAGUCCACAAGAUAUCUUUUGCAGGCACUAGACUAUUUGAUUGAGGUAGGAAUGGGCACGGAUGAGAUUGCAGAUGUUGUAGUCAGUGACUUGGAAUUUCUGAGCUCCUCUCGGCUGAAAAGACCCAGUACUGUACGUAGAGAAUUAAAGGUUGGAAGAGAUGGUCUGCUGCAAGUUAUAAGGGAAGACCCAAGGAAGUUGUUGAGAUUGGCUUCAAAAUCUAAAGCUACAACCAGCAAGCAAGUAGUAUCUCAAGUUCCUUAUAAUCAUCUAGAGAAAACAUCAUUCUUGAUGAGAUUGGGUUAUGCCGAAAACUCAGAGGAGAUGAUUAAAGCUUUAAAAAAGUUCAGGGGUAGAGGUGAUCAGUUACAGGAGAGGUUCGAUUGUCUGGUAGAAGCUGGCUUAGAUUGCAAUGUUGUGAUGAACAUGAUAAAACAAGCACCCAUGGUCCUUAACCAGAGUAAAGACAUGAUUGUGAAGAAGAUAGCUUGCCUAACAAGCUGUAUAGGUUAUCCACUGGAAUCAUUGGAGGCAUUCCCGGCAUAUUUAUGUUAUGACAUGGACAGGAUCAAUCUUAGAUUCUCAAUGUAUUCGUGGCUAAGGGAGAAACGUGCAGCAAAGCCUAUGUUGUCAUUGAGCACUCUUCUUGCAUGCUCAGAUGUACGAUUUGCAAAAUACUAUGUAGACAUUCAUCCUGAAGGUCCAAUCAUGUGGGAAAGUUUAAAGAAGCAAAAGAAGCUAAGGGCCAAGUAG